AUGAUGGUAUUUUCGACAAUUCAUUUUGCGAUUCAAUCGGGCGUUGACCGUACUCUAGUUCUCAAGGGUCAUCUGGCACUCCAUGACGCUAAUACCGAAAAGUCCUCAUUACGAACAACCGGCUCAGUUUUACAAACUCCUCCGGCAUCACCACACAGGGAGCGUGGAUACUAUCGGAUUUUGUACACUCCAAAAAGGGUCUAUUCAAAUCUAGCAGGUGCAGAACCAAGGAAGCGGAAAAAGAGGCCCAAUUCGAAGCUUUCGGGAAAUCUGAAUGACACAUCUCUUUCCGACCGACUCAGUCAGAAAUCUAUUGAGUUGAAUCGUCAGAAUGACAUUCAACAAGCUGACGAUGACCAGCUUAAGAGCACCUAUCAUUCGAAUCCCGACGUCGAUGAUUCCUCGUCCUAUCACGCAGAUUCCGCGUAUACAGUAAAGGCAAUGUCAUCAAUAUUGUAUGAGUGCGCGAGGGUCAAUUUCGCCAUUGCUCUAUACGGGGUUCGAACAAGCGAUGCCGUGACAACAACCAAACCUGACCGUAUCCGGAAAUAUGUCGAUGACCUUGCCAAAGUGGACUAUGGCAAGACAAUUUAUAUUAUUCGCAGGGGCAAUGCUUUGGCCAUGGGCAGAGGCGUUCAAAGCCGAUACAAUGAAACCAUCUAUUGGAGCAUCAUUCUUAAGGGCGCUGCGUUGGUCGAUCACACAAAGUUGCCGACCGCGAAAGGGCCUGCGGACGGAUUCACCAUGGCGGAAAAGGCCGCAACUAAGAAGUUCAUGGAAGAUGCUGGGUACGCCCUGGGUGCAGAAAACCAGCGGCAAUGCCGUAUUUUCUGGAAGAACUUAUUCGAAAUACGUGAAGCCGGCAUUGACAAAAACGUCAGCAACCCCCUUGUGGACACAAUAAUGAACUGGGAGGCCCACCAUCGAUCAGACUCGAAAGGCGACCUUAGGCACCUUUCUGGUCUCGAGGCCCCUCAAGUUGCAGAGAGGCUGAAAGUUCAGGGGUCUUCUUGGAAUAAUGCCAAAAAUGAAUGGGCCUUCACUGGUGAAGAAGAGAAUUUCAAGGAAAAGAGUUUGCGAACGUUCCCGCCUGAAGUUUUAUGCACAUCCCACCAUGGCCAAUUGAUAUCAGAAUCUGGGAGAGAUAAGUCCACAUUUACUUUUCUCCUGCCUAGAGAUAGCAGCUCUUUGUUCGUCUGCUCCAUUGUUCCCGUAAGCGAGGGAGACUUUCUUGGCAUAUUUGCUGGUAAGAUUCGCUUUUCCGAGGACUUUAGCGCUACCCACGGCAUCCCAGGUGCAGUCGAAAAUCUGUGGCUAGAUUACUCACAAGUCACUGGCACUAUGAAUCAAAUGCUGGUCGCAGAACCGAAUGGUUCCGCGAACGUGCGCCUCCAAUGGCAAGUCGUCGAUGAUGACAGUGGGACAGAGAGUUACACUUCUUGGAAAGUAUUUGUGAAAGCCAUUGCGUCAUAA